AUGAGCGACACAACACCUAUAGUCCCGGAAGAGCAUUCACAUAAAACCCCAGCUCACGUCCUCCACUCACCAGUUGCCCACGCCUCCCCACGUUUACCUCAAGCCAUCGCCCACCGAGGAUUCAAAGGCCAAUAUCCCGAGAACACUUUACUGUCAAUCGAUGGCGCAAUUCGGGCCGGAGCUCACGCCCUCGAGCUUGACCUCCAUAUCUCCCGCGAUGGGGUCGUAGUGUUAUCCCAUGACGCAAGCCUCAUGCGCUGUUUCGGUAUCAAGAAAAAGGUCACCGACUGCGACUGGGAGUAUUUGAAAACUUUACGAACUCUCCAAGCCCCCCACGAACCGAUGCCCCGGCUAGUCGAUGUCGAAGCUAUUCUCCCCACCUGGCUCGUUGUCUCUUCCACCAGACUAACAUCCAACCCUAUUUCCCAGCUCACUAAUGAACCCUUCGCUAUUAUGGACCGAAUUGCCAAAGUCAUCGAGUCGGUCCCUAUGCCUGCGAGUGGCCCCGACUGGCACCACCGCGUCGUUCUCGGCUGCUGGUCUGCACGAUACCUACCCGCGCGAGCAAAGCACUUGCCACAGUAUCCAUUGACGCUGAUCUGUGUCGAUUUGAGCUAUGCGCGCCAAUUCCUCCAAGUACCGCUUCUAUCCUUCAACGUCAACCAGAUGAUCCUGAUGGGUCCGCUCGGGCGAGGGUUUUUGGACGAAGCGCGCGCAGCCCGACGUAAAGUCUACGUUUGGACGGUGAAUGCGCCGAAUCUAAUGCGCUGGUGUAUCCGACACGAGGUCGACGGGGUCAUCUCCGACGAGCCCGGUCGGUUCCGGCAGGUCUGUGAGGGGUGGGAGAAGGAACAUACGGGUGUAUUGGGGGUCCCGAAUCCCAAUUUAGAUCGGAUCCCGUUGAGACAACGGGUUGAAAUCAUUGCGGUGGCGCUUUAUGUUAUUUGCUUUGGAUGGAUCUUGAAGCGGAUGUAUCUUACUCCUGUUGAGCGACUCGAGUUCGAGGAGCACAAGUCGAAAUAG